ACAGAUACAAUUGAGUGAGAAGCGGAAAUGGCAACCGCGGCAAUGGGCGGUGGAUUUGUGAAUGUGAUGAAAUCGGUUGAUCAUAUUGUGAGAGGUAAUGGCGUUUCCUUGUUGGUUAAGGCGGCACCGACAUCGACAUCAGGCAAUUUCUUCGUGUCUCUAAAGAGAAGAGGAUGGCAAUUAUACUGCAGUAAUAGUAACAGUGAUAGUUACUUAAAAUUGAGGGAUGAAGAGCUGAUGCGACAGUGCGAGAUGGAAACCUUUAAAGCGUCGGGACCAGGGGGACAGCACCGUAACAAGCGAGAGUCCGCCGUUCGAAUCAAGCACCUUCCCACCGGUAUUGUUGCUCAGGCUGUUGAAGACCGAUCACAGCACAAGAAUCGUGCAUCUGCCUUAGCACGCCUUCGCACUCUCAUCGCUCUCAAAGUCAGAAAUCCCGUCCCUCUCCGCACAUAUUCUCCUCCUGCAGAGCUUCUUCAAAUUCUUCCUCCAAACUCAACACUCAGGGCGUCUCAUUCUGGUCCCCAAAUUGGACCCAAUAAUCCUAAAUUUGUUUUGGGCAUGCAGGCUCUUCUGGAUCUAAUCUUUGCAGUUGAAGGUUCUGUAUCUGAAGCCGCAAAGUUUCUGGGGAUGAGUACAGGGGCACUGUCACGGUUAAUACUAUCAGAUGGUUCUCUAUGGAUGGCAGUUAAUGAGCUGAGAGCUUCCAAGGGUUUGAAGCCACUGAAGUAGCAUUGUCAACUGUGGAUGCUAAUUAUUUCUCUACAUAAUAAGAUGCAGGGAAAACAAUUGUGAGCCUCGAGAAUGUAAUGGUGCUAAUGGCAUGUAUCAUGGUCAUGAACUUCAUCAAAUCUUGCAUAAUUUACUACAUAAUAAUUAAAUUAACCUUGGCUUUGUGGGUACUUUAUUUGCUUCAGCUGGUUAAUGUUUUGUUGUAAAUUUGUUCAAAUCUACUGCAAGUCAAGUCAGGGCAAAUAUAUGUGAUGCGCUAUAGGAAUAGAUGAUUCAGAAUGGUUAUAUUGCAAUCAGGGGUAGGAUAUUCGACAUUAAUGCCAAUGGAAAAACACAAGAUUUCCAACUCAUACCUGUUACUCUCGGGAUUAAACAUAUAUGAAGCAUUGCUUUCCAUUUCCCCUGGGGAAAGGCCGAACUCGUUUACCCAGAUUGCGUUUGUUCAUUUCCCUUCAUUAAUUGUUCCGAAUUGGUUGUAGGGGUACUUUUUAUUAAGAAUAAUGAUGAUGCAAAGGUUUUUUUUUUCUGAUAACAAGAUCAAAAUUGUUUCAAUCAUUGCUUUCCAAUUAUGCAAGGACUGGGAGCAAAGAAAUCUUCUUUUUGAUUUUUUUAAUUAUGCUGUAAAAAGUUUCAAGGAGUAUGAGAAACCAAUGAAGAACAAGAAAGCUUAACUUAAACAGUUGCUGUUUAUUGUUGAUAAAACCAAUGCUCUUAAGAAUCUUUAGAUCUCAACUUUUUUUUUUUUUACUCCAAAUUCAAUACUUGUGUUGAAUUUAGAUGACCGAGGCUGAUAUUCCAUCAAGAACUACUCUGAGACUAGAAACAAUUUUCUAGUUCUAACAGCAUGCGGGCAACUCACACUUUAGCUCCCGUUCCAACCACAACAAUUGGAAAUAUGCAAGAUCGUAAAAAUUGGGAAUUCUUGUAGAUCUAAUAAGCUCAGCAGAGCAAAGCAAAAGAAAUCUGGAACGAUAUGGGAGGCAAUAAUCAAAUCUUAUAUAUUAGAACCAUGGU